GAAAACUUUAGGUUCGGUACGAUCACUGAGCUGACGAGACAAACUGCUGCAGAUCAGUAAGCAACAAACUGGUGUUUGGCUUCUUGUGGGACACAUCUACAGGAAGAAUAAAAUCAGUGUUGCUGAGAAGGGAAAUGGCUCAGAGAGGAAAUCAGAUGGAUUCAAGUAAAAUCUCCUGUUCCAUUUGUUUGGAUCUUCUGAAGGAUCCGGUGACUAUUCCCUGUGGACACAGUUACUGUAUGAACUGUAUUAAAUGCCACUGGGAUAGAGAAAAUCAGAGGAGGAUCCACAGCUGCCCUCAAUGCAGGAAAGAGUUCAAACAGAGGCCUGGACUAGAGAAAAACUUCAUGUUAGCAGAGUUGGUGGAAGAUCUGAAGAAGACUGAACUCCAAGCUGCUCCAGCUGAUCACUGCUAUGCUGGACCUGAAGAUGUGGCCUGUGAUGUCUGUACUGGGAGGAAGAUGAAAGCUGUUAAGUCCUGCUUAUCCUGCCUGGCUUCUUAUUGUGAGAAUCACUUCCAAGCCCACAAUAAUGUCCCUGGAUUGAAAAAACAUACAUUGGUGAAUCCCUCCAAGAACCUCAAGCAGAAUAUCUGCUCUCGUCAUGAUGAGGUGAUGAAGAUCUUCUGUCGUACUGAUCAGCAGUGUAUCUGUUAUCUCUGCACUAUGGAUGAACAUAAAGGCCAUGAAACAGUCCCAGCUGCAGCAGAAAGAGCUGAGAAGCAGAAGAAGCUCCAGGAGAGUCGACAACUGAGUCGAGUCAAAGAUGUUCAGGAGAAGCUGGAGCAGGAGAUCAGUGAUCUGAAGAGGAAAGACGCUGAGCUGGAGCAGCUCUCACACACAGAGGAUCACACCCAGUUUCUCCUCAACUACCCCUCACUGCCAGCACUCAGUGAGUCGACACACUCAUCCAGCAUCAACAUCCGUCCUCUGAGACACUUUGAGGACGUGACAGCAGCUGUGUCAGAGCUCAGAGACAAACUACAGGACGUCCUGAGAGACACAUGGACAAAUAUUGAACUGGCAAUAACUGAGGUGGAUGUUCUACUGUCAGAACCAGAACCAGAACCAAACAGCAGAGUUGAAUUCUUAAAAUACUCACGAGAAAUCACUCUGGAUCCAAAUACAGCACACAGAAAGCUGUUGUUAUCUGAGGGGAGCAGAAAAGUAUCAGCACCUAAAGAGGAAGAAGAAGAGAUGGAAGAUGAACUUUAUCCUGGUCAUCCAGACAGAUUUAUUAAUUUUUCUCAGGUCUUGAGCAGAGAGAGUCUGAUUGGACGUUGUUACUGGGAGGUGGAGUGGAGAGAAGGAGGAGCUGCUGUAGCCGUUUCAUACAAGAGCAUUAGCAGAGCAGGAAAGUCAGAUAAAUGUUUAUUUGGACUCAAUGACAAAUCUUGGUGUUUAGCUUGUAUCAAAGAUGAUUAUGCAUUUCAUCACAACAAAGUUAAAACUCCAGUACCAGGUCCAGUUUCCUCCAGAAUAGGAGUGUACCUGGAUCACAGAGCAGGUAUUCUGUCUUUCUACAGCGUCUCUGAAACCAUGACUCUCCUCCACAGAGUCCAGACCAGAUUCACUCAGCCGCUACAUGCUGGGAUCUGGCUGUUUUAUGUUGACUCAUCUGCUGAGUUCAUUAAGCUGAAAUAGUCAGCAGUGAUCUGAGGUCCAAUUGGUUAAAAUUUGUAUUUGUUUAUUUAAUCUUAAUCGUUGUUGCUGAGAGAUCAUUGUCAGUUGGGGUUUUUUUGGGUGCUGCCCCUUCCUGUUUUUGUUCAGCCAUGGAGGCUAUCACUGCUCAGGAGGAUUUUGAUUAAUGUAAACUAAUUAUUCACAUUUAUUGCUUUGACAGACCAAAUAUUGCUGUUUAAAUCAUGUACAGAUUUGCUGAUGGAAACCAAUUGACAAUCAAUCAGGAAAGCAGUUAUUUUAUUGGAUGAAGAUUAGAUCCUUAUGAUGGGAUGAUGAGUUUUGCAACUUUAAAAUAAAAAUUAGUGGGAACUGUGUAAAACUGACUGGAAAGUGAAAUCUGGAGUUAGACAGAACUUAGUGCUUCCAGAUUUCAGCUGAGAAGCAAAAUCUUUCCUGUUUAUGUAGAAAAGAGCUGAGAUUCUGAAUGUAGUUAUUCUGUAUCGAUUACCAUUAAAGUGAUUAUUUGUUUUUUUUUCUAUGUGGGGCUUUAUACAAAUAUCAUGAUUGAUUGGUGUGUUUUUCUACUUUAAUGAUUAAUCCACGUGGUGUGAAAAUCUGAAUCUAGAUUUGUGACAUUAAGUAGAUUAUAACGAGUUAAUUUUUCAUCUUGGUGAACAUUUACAUAAUAAUAAAGAUGACCAAAUA